AUGGACGACGAUGGGGGCGACGUGCGGGUCUAUGUCGAACCCGGGGCAUCCCACUACCAUGCUGGAGAAAUAGCUACGUUUACAAUCAGCUUCACCAAUACCCGGACUGUCCCAACUCAGACACCUCAGACCAUUCGCCCGCUCAUUGCUCGUAGGAAAUCCGAAGAUCAAAUAAAUGCAUAUGGCCGCACUAGGGGACACAGAAAGGCUUUCAGCUCGGUCAGCGAGGCGAGGAUGGCUAGGCCCCCCACCAGCCCUGGAAUUCGUCGAGUCACACCCCCUCCAGUUGCUAAAUAUACACCAUUGACUUCCUCGUCGCUAUCUCAGCCAACCGUCACUAGGAAGGGUCUUAUUGGCGUAAAGAAACAAUCCAAUGGCACAGUUUCGUCAGUUAUCGCGGCUCCUGGGCGUUCACUUAGCAUCACAAUUGCUCCCCGUAAUGGCGAGGAUGGUUCAUUGGCCAUAAAUGGUAAUGGAACACCUACAACUCCGAUACAUCGAGGCAGGUUUCUUCACACCGGUCUUGUUUUUAUUAUCAUUCUUACUGAUUCUCUAGCUUCUCCUCGAGCCACUCGCACCAAGAACGGAAUUCCACUAUCUCAUCCCCAUGCUCGCAAACAAUCCGCAGCCCUGGACGGCGCAUUCCCGGUAGUCUCGUCUCAUCUCCAUCGCAUACCACCCACAACGCCUUCCACCGCCUCCUUCUCGUCGAGCCUUGCGCCCAUCACAGAGUCCACCUCGCUCGAUACAAUAGCAACUCCAGACACACCCCUCAAACGAACACCCGACGUAUCCGGCUCAUCCACUCCGUACCCUGAUAGCCCUUGCACACCAUCCCCAGACGACAACUCGGCACUCAUCCUUCUCGCACAUGCCCAAGUUACCGGGACCCUCACCCUCGAACCGCCCUCGGCCGCCUUGGCCGCCAGUUGGCGCGUCGCAGAGCUAGGCUCCGGUCGACGCGUUGUGGGCGGGGGACGCAUGGGAAUCGGAGUCGCCCCUCGCCCACGAGCAGCAUCCGGUGUCGGCGCAUGGCUGGGCAUGUCCGAAUCCAGGAAUGGGCCGAGCGUCCGCGCCGCGUUAGGGUUGGGCGGACUCGCGUCGGCCGACUCGAGCACGGCUUCUCUGGCGAGUGCUCCCCCCGACUCGCCUCCGAGUCGACCGUUCAGAAAAGGACACCAACGGGCGACGUCGAUGGCUAGUUAUAUUCCGGGGAUGUCGAGUAUUUCGGCGUUGUUGAGUCCGUUUGGGGAUGAUACUGCCGUGGGAGCUGGUGGUAGCCGGCCUAGUAGUCGGGCGAGUGGCCGAGCAAGUGAUGCGCUUGGUCCUGGGACUUUGGUACUACCAACUGGAGGCGGAGCGGGGGCCAUGGAUAUGAUGGGAUCGCUAGGCACGGUGGAACAGGGUGUAUUUCCAGUACUGGAAUCCCAGCCCAGCGUCCUGGCUGUGGACUUGACGUUGAAGCCAGGAGAGACUCGGAAGUAUACUUACUCUGUGUCACUCCCCGCGGCACUUCCACCGUCUUUCAGAGGGAAAUACUUUCGUUUGACUUAUUUUCUUGUCAUUGGAACGACCAGACCAGACUCGGAAGCUGAUGCUGGCCAGUUGCGGCGGGUCAUUCGUGUGCCAAUACGGAUGUAUAAUCACGUUGCAGUUGGCCAAAUACCAAGAUCAUAUGAUUUGAUGUGGCCGCUUGCCAGAAGGCGGGAUGGAGCCAUGCUUGUCGGAAGUGUCGAAGACAACAAGGCGUCACUGGCAGGUUUCGAGAAAGGUGCUCCCCACCCAGCGCCAAACCGAUCUUUAGCAGACAAGAUAAGACUGACAAGGUCGGAACUCGAGUCGUAUGCACGUAAACUAUUGGUCGAAUCGAGUCCCAACACUCUCGCUGCCGAACUGAGCAAAAUGCGACUCUCGCCGGGCGGGAUGCGGAAUGAUGACGAUAUCGAGGGCGCGAACAUGAGCUGUCGAGAUGCGGUGGAAGUUGUGACAAGGCAUUCCAAGAAAGUAUCAUAUGAUAUUGCCAAAGAUGGAAAAACUGUCGCGAUUAUCACUUUUGUCAAAGCAUCCUAUCGGUUGGGCGAAACCAUACUUGGUGCAAUCGAGUUCAAUAACCCUAACAUGGAUGGACAAGUUCUCAAGUACUCGGCAACACUCGAAUCAACCGAAUCGUUCCCACUCCAUACCCCUGCUCCUCAAACCCGAAAGCACGCAGAACACCAUGUAGCAUAUGCAUCGGGUGCCCAAAGGGCUGCGUUUUCGCUUGACAUUCCAUCAGACGGUACACCCACAUUUGUCCUUCGCACGGGCGAAUCGGCUGGACGAGGGACUAUCGAAGGUGGCUUGCAGUGGCGAGUGCGUAUGGCCUUGGUGGUAUGUAUGGCUCCCGCCGGACGGGUGCGAUAUCUCGAGCCAGACGGGCCAGGAAACGACUGGGGCGAAGCGUGGAAAGCAUCUGGCGAUCCCGCUCCUCUGGGACCUGUGGACCCGAAAGUGCCUCCGGCUACCACAGAAGGAUGGGGCUCGUUCUUCCGAGGCUGGACUGGGGACGAGGAGCCCGCGAACCAAGAGUCUGAUGAGGGAUGGACAAGACUUAGGCCCGAGACUAUCGAGUCCAACCCGGACCCUACGGUGCUGUUCAUGCUCAGGCUGCUCUACUACCACACUCGUUCCUCUCGCCGCUGCUCAACACCACUUGUGUCAGACUCGAAACGCGGUCGACAGUCACUAUCACAGCUACUUAUAGCCCGUCCGAGCUCUGCGUCCACUACCGCUAUUGCCAAUUGGCCACCCACACCCCCCUCCUCCUUCAUCUUCCUUCCGAACACCUUGACACCAUGCGUCACACCUCAGCAAACGGCUAAUCGUACACGCUGCUUACAGUCUGUCCGCGCUUGA